CGUAGCUCCUUCCUCAAGGAAACCCUUCAAAUCAAUCUCCUUCUCUGAACCCAAAGUUGAAGUGAUUUAGACUCCUCCCAUCCCAUCCUCAAAAUCCUCGUCAAAAACCCUCUCCUGUAUUUCUAAAAGCAUCACCCAAAACUCAGAUUUCACCUCGUUGCACGAUUCACCAUCCGUGUUCCGGCGAAAGUACGACUUCCGCUGCAACCAUGUCGGCGCAAUAUCAACAACAUAACUACCACACCCGUCGUUCGGAUAUGUCAGAGAAAAUCACCUCACCACGACGGAAUUCAGCGCGUCGCCAACAAAGUGCCAGAUCGAGUGACGGAACAGUCAGCACCAUGAUGAGCACAGGUUCUACGGGCCGUGAAUCGGCCGCAACAAAUGUCACAGAGGGCCCAUCGUACUCGAAAAAGAUCGUCGUUGUGGGUGACGGAGGGUGCGGGAAGACUUGUCUUCUGAUAAGUUACAGUCAAGGCUACUUUCCAGAGGUACGAAGCCAUGUACUCUACUCUUCAGAUCGAGGCUAAUCGAUCUCCAGAAAUAUGUCCCAACUGUAUUCGAGAACUACAUCACAUACCCCACCCACGCAUCAAGCGGCAAAACUGUCGAGUUGGCCUUGUGGGAUACGGCAGGUCAGGAGGAGUACGAUCGUCUGAGGCCGCUUUCUUACCCCGAGACCGAUCUAUUGUUUGUUUGUUUCGCUAUCGAUUGCCCCAACUCGCUCGAGAAUGUUAUGGACAAGGUAUGUUGAAUCCCUUCUGUGUAUAUUCAGGACUAACCCAAGUCUCGCAGUGGUACCCAGAAGUCCUUCAUUUCUGUCCGUACACUCCCCUCAUCCUCCUUGGUCUUAAAUCCGAUCUCCGCACCAAGAGAACUUGCAUCGAUCUUCUUAAAACCCAAGGGCUAACACCCGUCACGAAGGAUCAAGGAAUGGCCGUAGCGGAAAAAAUGGGAGCCAGAUACAUGGAAUGUAGUAGUAAGGAGAUGACAGGUGUUGAUGAGAUCUUUACUGCCGCCAUCAACAUCGUUGUCCAGAACGAUAAGAGCAACCAGCAACAACAUCCAGGACCAGGAAGCUCGGGUAUAGAACAGCAAGGCGGCAGGAUGAAAAAGAAGAAGAGGAGUUGCAAGUUCCUUUAAUUGAACCAACAACGCCUCUUGAAAUAUGACUUGAGACGACUACGACACAUUGACACGACAUGAAUGCAUAACGCAAAAACGUUCUAGCAGAUUGCUGGGAAAUGGCUAAGGAUAACAUUUGUGGAUAGGCAGCGACAUAUGGAACAAAACUUUGGCCAAAAGGGAAAUGCAAUAUUCCUGGACUUUUGUUCUGUCCUUUCUUCUUGGACUUUUUUUUUCAUUUGCCGGUUUUUUUUCUUCUUACUUUCUUUUGUUGAGUAAUAGGGUUCUUGUGUGGUAAUUGGUACAUACUUCACUGCGGGUUUCCUAUGUAUCAUGAUGACCUU